AUGGAUGGAUUUAGAGACGCUAGGGUUGUAUGUCGUCAACUUGUUAUCGAUGCAAUCAGAUCACUUCGAGGUGGGCAGGUUCCAUCAGGUUCUGGACAAAUAUGGUUAGAUGACGUCGGUUGUACAGGAAAAGAAAAGGUUAUAUCAAGAUGCUCACAUCUCGGAUGGGGAAUUAAUUAUUGCACUCAUUCGGAAGAUGCUGGAGUUGAAUGUAGUAAAACAGCUUCAAGUGUGUCGGUGAGAUUACAAGGGCCUUCAAGUGAAAAUGGUACUGGUCGAGUAGAAGUAUUUUACAAUGGACUAUGGGGAACAAUCUGUGACGAUGGAUGGGAUUUUAGAGACGCUAACGUUGUAUGUCGUCAACUUGGUUAUCAAGAUGCCGUCAGAUCUCUUCAAGGGGGGCAGGUUCCAUUAGGUUCUGGACAAAUAUGGUUAGCUGACGUCCGUUGUAAAGGAAAAGAAGAGAAUAUAUCAAGAUGUUCUCAUUCCGAAUGGGGAAUCAAUAAUUGCGGACAUUCGAAAGAUGCUGGAGUUGAAUGUAGUAAAACAGGUAAACAUGUUUCAGUUAGGUUACAAGGACCAAAUAGUGCAAAAGGUACUGGUCGUGUUGAAGUAUUCUACAAUGGUCAAUGGGGAACGAUCUGUAAUAAUGAAUGGGAUAUGAGAGAUACUACAGUUGUAUGUCGUCAACUGGGUUAUAAAUAUGCCAUCAGACAUUUUCAUUGGAGGCAGGCUCUUCCUGGUUCUGAGCGUAUAUGGUUGGACGACGUUGCUUGCAAUGGAAGAGAGCGAAAUAUAACAAGUUGCUCUCACAAUGGAUGGGGAAACCAUAGUUGCGUGCAUUCGCAAGACGUUGGAAUUGAAUGCACUAACACAGCUUCAAAUGUGUCGGUGAGAUUACAAGGGCCUUCAAGUGAAAAUGGUACUGGUCGAGUAGAAGUAUUUUACAAUGGACUAUGGGGAACAAUCUGUGAUGAUGGAUGGGAUUUUAGAGACGCUAAGGUUGUAUGUCGUCAACUUGGUUAUCCAGACGCCGUCAGAUCUCUUCAAGGGGGGCAGGUUCCAUCAGGUUCUGGACAAAUAUGGUUAGCUGACGUCAGAUGUACAGGAAAAGAAGAGAAUAUAUCAAGAUGUUCUCGUUCCGAAUGGGGAAUCAAUAAUUGCGAUCAUUCGAAAGAUGCUGGAGUAGAAUGUAGUAAAACAGGUAACCCUGUUUCAGUUAGGUUACAAGGACCAAAUAGUGCAAAAGGUACUGGUCGUGUUGAAGUGUUUUACAAUGGUCAAUGGGGAACGAUCUGUGGUAAUGAAUGGGACAUGAGAGAUACUACAGUUGUAUGUCGUCAACUGGGUUAUCAAUAUGCCGUCAGACAUUUUCAUUCGAGGCAGGCUCUUCCUGGUUCUGAGCGUAUAUGGUUGGACGACGUUGCUUGCAAUGGAAAAGAGCGAAAUAUAACAAGUUGCUCUCACAAUGGAUGGGGAAACCAUAGUUGCGUGCAUUCGCAAGACGUUGCAGUAGAAUGCACUAACACAGCUUCAAAUGUGUCGGUGAGAUUACAAGGGCCUUCAAGUAAAAAUGGUACUGGUCGAGUAGAAGUGUUUUACAAUGGACUAUGGGGAACAAUCUGUGACGAUGGAUGGGAUUUUAGAGAUGCUAAAGUUGUAUGUCGUCAACUUGGUUAUCCAGAUGCCGUCAGAUUUCUUCAAGGGGGGCAGGUUCCAUCAGGUUCUGGACAUAUAUGGUUAGCUGACGUCAAAUGUACAGGAAAAGAACAGAAUAUAUCGAGUUGUUCUCAUCCCGAAUGGGGAAUGAAUAAUUGCGAUCAUUCGAAAGAUGCUGGAGUAGAAUGUGGUAAAACAGGUAACCCUGCUUCAGUUAGGUUACAAGGACCAAAGAGCGCAAAAGGUACUGGUCGUGUUGAAGUAUUCUACAAUGGUCAAUGGGGAACGAUCUGUAAUAAUGAAUGGGAUAUGAGAGAUACUACAGUUGUAUGUCGUCAACUGGGUUAUCAAUAUGCCGUCAGACAUUUUCAUUGGAGGCAGGCUCUUCCUGGUUCUGAGCGUAUAUGGUUGGAUGACGUUGCUUGCAAUGGAAGAGAGCGAAAUAUAACAAGUUGUUCUCACAAUGGAUGGGGAAACCAUAGUUGCGUGCAUUCGCAAGACGUUGGAAUAGAAUGCACUAACACAGGUCCUUGUGCUAGCGACAUAGUCGGCACACGCGAAGCAUUUGGCAUUUUCAAAUGGCCUGAAACACCAAUCGGAAAAAGUGCAACACUUCCUUGUCCUUACAACGACAAGUCCACCGCUAGUCGUGAAUGUUUGUAUUCAAACCGAACCAUAAGUGGAAGCAUCUGGAGUGGGAUUGUGGCAAGUAGUUGCAAAUUUCAAAACAAACGAAGCAAAGAUCUUUUUCAAUUGUCACAGAAAGAUAUUAAUACCAGAAACGUGGUUACUGCCACCGAGGAACUGAAGGAAUUGUCUGUUGUUGAUCCCGAGAAGAUUCGAACUUCUCAAGCUGGAGAAAUUAACAAUAUCGCAAAAACAUUACAGAAAAUUGUCGCAGUCAAACAGAAAUCUAACGAGAUUUCUGAAGAUUUCCUUACGACGGUAGACAAUGUCCUAAGUAAUAAAGGUGAAGAUAUUAUCCAAAGUGAACGGCAACACAAUUCCUCUUCCAGGAUCGUCCGAGCUUUGAAUGAAUUUGCUCAUAAUUUAGUCCUUCAUCCGAACGGCACGUUUGAAAAAGUCAAAAAGAAUUACGCUCUUAAUCUCCAAGCUAUACAACAACAAAACUUUAGCGGGAUAACGUUUUCUGGGACUGGGAUUAAUUGGAAACGUGAAGUAAAGUCUUUUGGAGAAAACAGCAUUUCAGUCGAAUCCAACGCCAGUCUUCCAAGUUAUUUAUCAACCUCGCUAAUUAUUCCACGAACGAUAUUCGACGAAAUAGCUGUCGCAAACUGUUCAGGAAACUGCACAUUCAUUUUUAUCUUUUAUAAAGAAACAAACUUCUUCACUACGGAUGGAAACACCUUGAACCGUUUGAAUAGUUUCGUAAUUUCUGUGGAUAUUAAGGACGUAUCAGUUGUAAAUUUAAAGGUACCUGUGAAAAUCGCUUUUCAGAGCAUUUCUCCCGGGGACAUGAACAGUACUUUGUGUUCUUACUGGGAAUUCAGUCUUCAGGAUUGGUCACAAGAAGGUUGUUGGUUUGAAAGAGCCCUUAAAGAUGGCAGAGUACUUUGUAACUGUAACCAUUUUACCAACUUUGCGAUGCUGAUGGACAUCAGCCCACCUGCAGAGGCUACGACGCAUGACAGAAUACUUAGUGUAAUCAGUACUAUUGGUUGCGCGCUUUCAUUGCUUGGUCUCAUCUUGACAAUUAUUACGAUUACAAUAUUGAGAGAACUCCGAACGAAAAUUCCAAGCCAGAUUUUGUUAAACUUCUGCAUCGCGUUGGCAUUAAUGCUGAUUGUUUUCCUGGUUUCUGCCGAGUUGCCAAAAACAUUGCCGGUGUUCGGCUGUCGAGCAGCGGCAGUCGCCUUGCAUUACUUCUUGUUAGCAGCGUUUUUGUGGAUGGCUGUGGAAGGGUUUAAUAUGUAUCUGGCUUUUGUUAAAGUAUUUUCUUAUUCGUCUCAAUUCAAGUUCAUGCUGAAGUGCUGUUUAUUUGCCUGGGGAACUCCUGGUAUAAUAGUAGCAAUUACAAUGGUGGUUGCCAUGGAUGAAUAUGGCGACAAUAAUUAUUGUCGACUACAAGGCUUGCCAUUCAUUGUGGCAUUUCUCGCUCCAGCUGUUGUGAUCUUCACUGGUAAUAUCGUUGCCUUUUGCUUUAUCAUUCGGUCAUUGCUCACUUCCGGUACGAGAGUUACAUCUAGUUGCAAACGAUCGGGUUUUCAGCAAGCCAAACAAGGAAUUGCGAUUAUGUUUCUCCUUGGCUUGACCUGGGUUUUUGGCAUCCUUGCGAUUGAUGAUGCUAAAGUCGUAUUUCAGUAUUUAUUUGCCAUUUUCAACUCACUUCAAGGACUGUUUGUGUUUAUUUUCUUUGUUAUUUUACCCACUGGUACAAGACAACAACUUCGAAAGUUUGCUGGGAAAAAGACACAAGUCCAACGUCGCGAUCCUCGACGGAAGCAGCUGAAAGAGGAGAGUUCUCUCAUGCCUCCUACACCAAGUAAGCCGGUCACAAUAAGGUUACAAGGAUCAAAAAGUGAAAAAGGUACAGGUCGUGUUGAAGUACUCUACGAUAGACAAUGCGGAACAAUCUGGGAAAAGGGAUGGGAUAUGAGGGACGCUAGGGUUGUAUGUCGUCAACUUGGUUAUCCAGAUGCUGUCAGAUUUCUUCAGAUUUGGAAGAUUCCGUCUGGCUCUGGACGUGUAUGGUUAGAAGACGUCGAUUGUAUUGGAAACGAAGAAAAUAUAGCAAGAUGUAUUCAUCCAGGCUCUGGGAGACAUGGUUGCGAUCAUUCAAAAGAUGUUGGGGUAGAAUGUAGCACAGGCAAAAAUAUUGGUAGUCUUGCUUCACUAAGAUUGCAAGGACCAUUAAGCGCCGUUGGUACUGGUCGUGUUGAAAAAUUCCACAGUAGACAAUGGGGAACAAUCUGUGAUCUUGAAUGGGAUUUCAGAGAUGCCAGAGUUGUGUGUCGUCAACUUGGCUAUGUCGACGCCGUUGGUGCAUUUCAAGGGCACCAGACUCCUCAUGGUUCUGGACCAACAUGGUUAAAUGAGGUGGACUGCAUUGGGUCAGAACAGAACAUAACAAGUUCUCCUCACAGCGGGUGGGGAUUUCAUGGUUGCUUACAACAUGAAGACGCUGGAGUUGAAUGCAGUACAACAGAAAACAAACCUGUUUUGCUGAGGUUCCGAGGCCCACUGAGUGCAAGAGGUACUGGCCGUAUUGAAGUAUUCUACAAUGGAACCUGGGGUGCAAUCUGUGAUAAUGGAUGGGAUUUCAGGCAUGCAAGGGUUGUAUGUCGUCAACUUGGCUAUCCAGAUGCUGUUAGGGCUCUUAAAAGAAGCGAAGUUCCUUCUGGUUCCGGGAAGAUAUGGUUAAUCAACGUCUUUUGUACAGGGGAAGAGCGGAAUAUAACAAGCUGUACUCAUCGAGGCUGGUGGGUUCAUCCUUGUUCACAUUUGGAAAAUGCUGGAGUUGAAUGCCGCACAUCCGAUGAGCCUGUAUCACUAAGAUUACGAGGACUACCGAGUGCAAAUGGCACCGGUCGGGUUGAAGUACUCUACAAUGGAACCUGGGGAGCAAUCUGUGAUAAUAAAUGGGAUUUUAGAGAUGCAAGGGUAGUAUCUCGUCAACUUGGUUAUCCUGAUGCCGUCAGGUCCCUUCAAAGGGUGCCACCUGGAUCUGGAGGUAUUUGGUUGGAUGAUAUCGAUUGUGAUGGAGAAGAACUGAAUAAAAUAACAAGAUCUAUUCAUCGCGGAUGGCGAAUCCACAAAUGUGAUCAUAUAAAAGACGCUGGAGUGGAAUGUAAUACAACAGACAAAGCUAUUCCAAAUAUAAUCAAAGGCUAA